AUGACUUCUUUGUUUGGCUUCCGUUUGUUAAACAUCUUACUGACUUUCGCUUGUAUUUAUCAAUUGGUGUCCUAUGUGCAAUUUGUGGCAAGCUUUCGCGAUGCAUUAGAUCGGAACCAAAGUGAUUAUUUCACUCUAGGGGUUAAAACUUUUUUGCUGAUCGUUUUCUUUAUGGAGCUAAUCUUGAGAUUCCUUGCCGCACACACUCUCAAGCCGUUCUUCGCGCAAAUUUACUGGAUUCAUUUGGUAUUUUGGGGCACUCUCCUCGCCAGUUUUAACCUUUUCGUGUUAUUCAUGCUCUUCACUUCACCGAACAAAUUGCCCGACUUUAUUCUAAAUAUCUUAUUGAUCCUUUACUCGAAAGAGAGUAAAAUCGAAGAGAGAAGAGAGAUAACAGUUAAUGAUCUUAUUAUCAAUAUGGUUGUGUUGUCAGUCUACUUUAUUUGGAUGUUUCAGCUGACUUAUUCAUUUUACACAUACGUUAGAGAUCUUCAAAUGGAAAAAGAUGAGCGAUGGGAGACGAGAAUAGUGAAUGCAGAGAGAAAGAUUGAGGAAACACCACCACCCGCCUACACCGAGCUA